AACAAUAAUAUCAAAAUAUCUAAAAAGUUGCGUGUGCCGACCAAUAAAAGAACAAAGGUUUAGUUGCUUACUUGCAGAGUCUUGAAUAGAGAGCAUAGAGGUGAGAUCCCAGCAAAGUCUUCGCCUUUCAACCUCUGUGGUGGACUGUUGAUUUCCUUGUCGGCUUUGGACAAGAGAGUGAGGUGUGUGUUUUGGACCAACAGCAAAUGGUUCUAGUUGCAUAAAAGCUCAAGAUUGUGUGCCUUUUCCCUCCUUUUAAAACCCAAAAAAACUGCUUUAGCCUCGUCAACAUUUUAAAAAAAUGCAUCUGUGGCCAUCAUUGAAACUUAGAAACUCUUUCAAGAGCACUAGCAAGAAGAAAUAUCAAAGGACUAACAGCAGCGGGCAGCAUAGUCAAAGCAAUCAACAGAAACUCCUAGAAUCUGGCCCUGAGAUUCCAUCUGGUAACUGGUUUUAUGUUGUCUGCGGAGAUCUUGCCAUGGUUCUCUCUUGCUGCUUCUGUUGUUUCUGCUGCGGAGCUUGCAUUGAUGAGGAAGAUAAUUGAUGCUAAGCUCCCACUGGAGGAGCAAGUGAAAAAAUACUUAUAGCUCUGUAUAAAAUACAGUUUCUCUCAAAAUGUAACAUAUUGUUUCUAUUGACUUUCUGAAUUCAUAUAUUUAGCUUUAUACAAUCAACUAUUCCUACUA